AUGCACGGUCUUCUUGAAGCUGUAAAGGAGGUGAUGCCAGAUGAUGAGCACCGACAAUGUGCCCGUCAUAUUUUUGCCAAUUUUUACAAGCAUUUCAGUGGAGAGAUUUAUAAAACCUUAUUUUGGAAAUUUGCAAAGUCCACAACAGAUCAAGAGUUCAAAAACAAUAUGGAAAAGAUGAAAGAGUUGAACAAUGAUACAUAUGACGAUGUCAUGAAAAUAAAUCCUAAAACUGUACCACCUGCAGCUACAAGUGGUGGUAGAGGCGGAAAAGGACCAAUAGGGUCAAGAGGUGGAAGAGGAUCAUCUGCAAGUACAAGUGGUGGUAGAGGAGGAAGGUCAUUUAUUGAUGAAAUCUUUGAUUCACCAAUGGAAAAUGAAGUUAUAGAGAUGUUUGAUAAUUUUGAGGAAGAACUACAUAGGGCUGAAAUGGAAAGGAGAGAAGGUGAACCUUUGUUGCAAUUCCCUAAAUCUCAAUUUGAUGACGGAGUUCCUAUAACUCAAGAUGAUGGAGUGGCCGAAACUCAAGAUGUAGUGCCUGAAACUCAAUUUGAUAUUGAAUAUGCUAAUUUGGAAGAUCAAUCUAAUGUGGUUGGCGGGAUAGUAAUUGAUGUACUUGUUAUCCAUGGAAAGCUCAAACCAAGAAAGCCAUCUGGAAGGAUUAUUUAG